AUGACUUUCGAUAUCCCAAAUAAUCAUAUCCAAAUCGGUGGAAGAAAGUCCAAGUUGGCAGUGGUUCAAUCUGAAAUAGUCAAGAGCAUCAUUGAGCUGAAAUAUCCUGAAUUAUCAUGCUCCAUAUUGGCCCUUUCCACUUUGGGCGAUAAUGUUCAAAGCAAACCGUUGUACUCAUUCGGUGGGAAGGCUCUUUGGACAAAGGAAUUAGAAAUCUUACUAUUGGAAGAGAUGGAGGAAUUCCCCAAACUCGACUUGAUCGUUCACUCGCUUAAAGAUAUGCCCACAAAUUUGCCAGAUGAGUUUGAAUUAGGUUGUGUCUUGGAUAGACAAGAUCCUAGAGAUGCAGUUGUGAUGGGCCUUGGAUUACCAUACAAGCUGCUCAGCGAUUUACCCGAUGGAUCCAUGGUUGGGACUUCUUCUGUCAGAAGACUGGCUCAAUUGAUGAGACACCACCCUAAGUUACGCUUUGAAAGUGUUAGAGGGAAUGUGCAAACCAGAUUAAAGAAAUUGGAUGACCCAGAAACUGAAUUUCAAUGCUUACUCUUGGCUGCGGCCGGAUUGGAUAGGGUGGAUUUGGGCCACAGAAUCACAUGUAGACUUGAUGCCCCAGAGAUGUACUACGCUGUUGGACAGGGAGCCUUGGGAGUAGAAAUCAGAAAAGAUGACCCAGUAAUGAAAUCAUUGUUGAAGACUUUGGAAGACAAGCCAACUACUUAUAAAUGCUUAGCUGAAAGGUCUCUCAUGAGGUCAUUGGAAGGUGGGUGCUCUGUGCCAAUCGGGGUACAAACCAACUAUAACAGCGAGACACAAGAGUUAUUAUUCAAAGGUAUAGUUGUUUCGCCUGAUGGGAAAGAAUUCGUUGAGGGCCAAAUUAUAGAUAAAGUCACAUCUAACGAAGAAGCAAACCAACUAGGCGUAAGAUUAUCUGAGAUAUUGGUGAAAAAUGGAGCAAAGAAAAUCUUGGAUGAGGUGGAUUUUGAAAGAAUUAACCAAAGACCUGAGAAUACGAAAUAA